AACAACAAAAUUGCGUAGAUCUAAAGUAAUAUACCUCUCUAUGUAUGUAGAAGCAACUAUAGCCAUAUAUAUUCCUCGCUUCCUCCCAGGGUAGUUCUCAGCAUUUUCGCUGCGCUCAUUGUAGUCGGCACCGUCUAUGACGUCAUGGUGGUUCGGGGCUACUUCCGGGAGCUCACCGGAAGUGCCGGCCUCAGAAGCGAUGACGACGCACGUCAGUCGGAGCAGAUAGCCGGUUGUUGCCCGGAGUCCACCAUACAGCACAGUGCCAGAGGAGAGUAUCAGCCGCUGUCGGACUCCGCGCAAGAGUCGAAGGACGGGAUCGAUGACUACACGCCGUGUUGUCUUGGCCUUUUCUUCCUCUCCUUCUCUGUGCGGAGCAAUGGCGCCAAACUUCUGUCUCUGAAGACAGGCUCUUGGACGAUCACGUGCGUCAACGGGAUCCGGUUCUUCAGCAUGAGCUGGGUGGUGUUACGUCAUACUUUUCGCCAGGCCAAAGAGGGGAAAAGUGAGUGAGUGGAACGAGUCUUCUGUUAAC